GCACUCUUCGGGGUAGGGAGUGGGAAGAGAGAGAAAAAAAAGGAGUAGAGAGGAAGGGUGUUGUGUGUGUGUAUAGAUGCACACUUGCUGUAAAGGGACGUCAUAGCCGAUCACACAGACGAACAGGGCUAACGUUACCAAAACAUGGCGAUUAAAUAGUUUAUGGACUGUAUGUCGGGAAAUUACUUGGAUGUUAUCAACUAUACUCUUAACUAAAGUAUAUAUUUAGAAGUACGUAACCAGCUCAAAUUCGUACAAUUGGAUCCGUACAGAAACUGCAUUUUUCACCGUCGGUACAAGCAGUGUAAGGCGCGAUCUGUGUCAACGCGAAAGGAGUGAAAGUUUGUGUUCAGAUAACGAAUGUCGGACAUUCGACGUAGCUAGCUGGCUACAUAUGAUCUACUGACCGCGCCAUUUGCUUGCAACGUCAUUUGUGGAACAUUAAGUCUCUGCAGGACGCGAAUUACGGCCAGCUAGAAUGCAAGUUUAUUCUAAAUAAAUGUUAUUUUUGAUUUGUGCGUGGGUAGCUAGCUAGAUAACGUUAACAGCUCUGCUGCAGACCACCUUCGUAUUAUUGCGCUGUUAUUAUUUAGCCAACAGCUAGCUACCUAGCCAGGUAACUUAGCUAGCUACUUAUUCUAACUUUUGUUUAAUCUCACAAACAUAAUUGUAUUGUGUAGUUAAACAUUCAAAGUAUAUGUAGAUGACCACCUCGUUCGAAUUGUCAUGCAACAUAUACGUAUUAAUAUUGCCAAAAUGAACGCAUAGAGUGCAGCACAAUAUUGGGUCUCUAACGCAAUGGGACUAGCUUGCUAGCGAACUGCAUUUCGCCUUGACGAUUUUGCGUCUGGUUGUUUAUGUUAGCAAGUCAAGUCUCAUAAGGUACCCCCAUAUCUGUCUGCGCGGGACCUGACAGUGCAGGACACCGCUAAAUUAAACAUUGGGCCACCUGGAUUUUCUACCCGCUGCUACUUUUUUAAACUAAUUUACUACUUUUGCCAGUAUGUCCGAAAACGCCCCCACACGAAGCUUGGAUGACAUCGACCUCGCAGCUUUGAGGGACCCAGCAGGGAUCUUUGAGCUGGUGGAGGUGGUUGGCAAUGGGACCUAUGGACAGGUGUACAAGGGGCGUCAUGUUAAGACGGGCCAGCUGGCUGCCAUCAAGGUAAUGGACGUGACAGAGGAAGAAGAGGAAGAGAUCAAGGCUGAGAUCAACAUGCUGAAGAAGUACAGCCAUCACCGCAAUAUUGCCACCUACUACGGAGCUUUCGUCAAGAAGAGCCCACCUGGACAUGAUGACCAUCUCUGGCUGGUGAUGGAGUUCUGUGGGGCGGGCUCCGUGACAGACCUAGUGAAGAACACCAAGGGUAACUCUCUGAAGGAGGACUGGAUCGCUUACAUCUGCAGAGAAAUCCUCAGGGGCCUCUCGCACCUCCACCAACACAAGGUCAUCCACAGAGACAUCAAAGGACAGAACGUGCUGCUGACGGAGAACGCAGAGGUCAAACUCGUGGACUUUGGGGUGAGUGCUCAGCUGGACAGGACUGUGGGGCGCAGGAACACCUUCAUCGGUACGCCUUAUUGGAUGGCCCCUGAGGUCAUCGCCUGUGACGAGAACCCUGACUCCACCUAUGACUACAGGAGUGAUAUCUGGUCCCUGGGGAUCACAGCCAUAGAGACGGCAGAGGGAGCUCCUCCUCUGUGUGAUAUGCACCCAAUGAGAGCUCUGUUCCUCAUCCCGAGGAACCCUCCUCCCAAACUCAAGUCCAAGAAGUGGUCUAAGAAGUUUAUAGAUUUUAUUGAGGGCUGCCUGGUGAAGACGUACACCAGCCGGCCGUCCACAGAGCAGCUCUUGAAGCACUCAUUCAUCCGGGACCAGCCCACAGAGCGCCAAGUCCGCAUCCAGCUCAAAGACCACAUUGACCGCACACGCAAGAAGAGGGGAGAGAAGGAGGAGACAGAGUAUGAGUACAGUGGCAGUGAUGAGGAGGAUGAGAACCGUGGGGAAGACGGAGAGUCCAGUACCUCCAUCUUGAAUGUGCCUGGUGAGUCGACGUUGAGGCGGGACUUCCUGCGUCUGCAGCAGGAGAACAAGGAGCGAUCAGAGGCUCUGAAGAGACAGCAGGCCCAGCUGGCCGCCCAGCGCCGAGACCCAGAGGAACACAAGAGACAGCUGCUGCACGACCGACAGAAACGCAUCGAGGAGCAGAAAGAACAGCGCCGCCGCCUGGAAGAGCAACAGAGAAAAGAGCGAGAGAUGGUGAGACAGCAAGAAAAAGGCCCCCAUCGGAGACUUGACGAUAUCAGGAGGGAGGAGGAUAGGAGGCUGGCCGAGAGGGAGCAGGAGUUCAUAAGACAUAAGUUAGAGGAGGAACAGCGGCAGUUAGAAAUCCUUCAGCAGCAGCUGCUUCAGGAGCAGGCACUGCUCAUGGAGUACAAGCGUAAGCAGCUGGAGGAGCAGAGGCAGUCUGAGCGUCUGCAGAGGCAGCUGCAGCAGGAGCAUGCCUACCUGGUGUCCCUGCAGCAGCAGCAACAGGACAAGAAGCCCCAGCCCCUCUACCACUACAGCAAGAACGUGGAGCCCAACAAUAAGCCUGCAUGGGCCCGAGAGGUGGAGGAGCGCAGUAAGCUCAACAGGCAGGGCUCCCCCAAAAUCUGCAACACUGUCUCUGACACUGCCAUCCAAUCACGCUCUGACUCCAUCAGCCAAUCCGGAGGGGGCCAGGCUUCUCAGACCCCGCCUAUGCAGCGGCCUGUUGAGCCUCAGGGGGGACAGGGCAAGUUCCAGAUGGCCCACUUGGUCCCGCUGAAGCCCUACGCUGCCCCUGUCCCCCGCUCCCAGUCCCUGUGUGACCAGCCCACUAAGACCAUGUCCGCCUUCCCCACCCAGGAUCCCUCCCCCACCCCCCGCCCCGUCCACUCCAGGGAGCUGGUCCGACAGAACUCUGAUCCCACCUCCGAGAGCCCCGCCCCACAGCCUCGCAAAAGGGAGGACCGCGGCCCCUGGAUCCGCCUGCCAGAGAUCGAACAGCCGCCCAAGAUUCCCCAGAGGACCGCCUCCAUUGCCACAGCUCUCAACACCAACCUAUCGUCUGGCAUCAGGCAUCCAGUCAGAGCCAGCAACCCAGACCUCAGCCGCAAUGACCGCUGGGAGAGAGGAGAUAGCAUGAACCUCGUAUCCAAUCUACCCCAGACUGGCUCUCUGGAGAGGCACCGGAUACUCAGCUCCUCCAAAAUAGACUCCCCCAUACUAGGCCAUGACGGGCGCAUGGCGGGGCACAAGCCAGGGGAGUCUCGCACGUCGUCCCGCCCCAGUCGCCCUGCUAGUUACAAGAGAGCUAUAGGAGAGGACCAUGGGCUGUAUGCUAAGGAGCGUCCUGAGGAGCAGCCCAGACCUCCGGUGAAGGCCAAUGACUACUCCUCAUCCUCAGAAGGCAGUGAGAGCAGUGAGGAGAGUGAGAGUGGAGAGGGGAAUGAGGAGGAGGACAGCCCUACAGACCGUCCCCGGGAUGCCGACACUGACUCGGUCAACACCAUGGUGGUUCAUGAGGAGGAGGAGGGCGAGGGAGGGGAGGAGGGGCAGGCUGGAGUCUACAGGGACCAGACCAUGCUGGUGCAGAGGACACCAGAGAAGCGGAGCCACAAUGGAUACACCAACCUGCCUGAUGUGGUGCAGCCCUCCCACUCCCCCACUGACUCCGCCUCCCACUCCUCCCCUGGGAAAGACUCUGUCUAUGAUUAUCAGUCCAGGGGUCUAGUCAAGGCGUCAAGUGGCAAGUCCUCCUUCACCACCUUUGUUGACCUGGGCAUGUACCAACCACCAGGUGACACUGCGGAUGCCAUCUCUGUGGGCAGCCUGGGCUCCAGGUUUGAGCAGCUGAAGAUGGAGGUGAGGAAAGGCUCCAUGGUGAACGUGAACCCCACCAACACACGCCCCCACAGCGACACCCCCGAGAUUCGCAAGUACAAGAAGAGGUUCAACUCUGAGAUCCUCUGUGCUGCUCUCUGGGGUGUGAACCUGCUGGUGGGGACGGAGAACGGUCUGAAGCUGCUGGACCGUAGUGGUCAGGGGAAGGUCUACCCCCUCAUCAAUUCCCGCAGGUUUCAACAAAUGGAUGUCCUGGAGGGACUGAACCUGCUCAUCACCAUAUCAGGUAAGAAGAACAAGGUGCGUGUGUACUACCUGGCCUGGCUGAGGAACAAGAUCCUCCACAAUGACCCGGAGGUGGAAAAGAAGCAGGGCUGGACCACUGUAGGGGAGAUGGAGGGAUGUGUCCACUACAAAGUGGUGAAAUAUGAGAGGAUCAAGUUCUUGGUGAUAGCUAUGAAGAAUGCGGUGGAGGUAUAUGCCUGGGCUCCCAAGCCUUAUCACAAAUUCAUGGCCUUCAAGUCCUUUGGUGACCUGCCCCACAGGCCCCAGUUGGUAGACCUCACAGUGGAGGAAGGUCAGAGGUUGAAAGUCAUCUAUGGCUCCAUUGCUGGCUUCCACGCCAUCGACGUUGACUCUGGGAACAACUAUGACAUAUACAUCCCAGUGCAUAUCCAGUGCCAGAUCAUGCCCCAUGCCAUCGUGUUCCUGCCCAGCUCGGACGGCAUGGAGAUGCUGCUGUGCUACGAGGACGAGGGCGUCUAUGUAAAUACCUACGGACGCAUCAUCAAAGAUGUGGUGCUUCAGUGGGGCGAGAUGCCCACCUCCGUUGCCCAUAUCUGCUCUAACCAGAUCAUGGGCUGGGGAGAGAAGGCCAUAGAGAUCCGUGCUGUAGAGACGGGCCACUUGGACGGAGUUUUCAUGCACAAGAGAGCCCAGAGGCUCAAGUUCCUCUGUGAGAGGAAUGACAAGGUGUUCUUUGCUUCGGUGCGCUCCGGGGGCAGCAGCCAGGUCUACUUCAUGACCCUGAACAGGAACUGCAUCAUGAACUGGUGAAACAACAUUGUCCCAUACAACUAUGUCCCGUAGUCAGUCAGUGUAUGGAAACCACCAGGCCAAGUGAAAGACACUCAACCCCCCCCCCCCCCCCCCAUACGAGGACACACCACACAGUCAGACUCAACACAAACACAUCACACACAUACAGCUCACACAAGCCUACUGUAAAUCCAUUCCAGCCUAAAGUCUUCAUGACAAAGUCUCUCACCUGCCACCUGCUGACUCCCCUAAACUGACUGAGCUCCCUCUGAAAUGGUAGCUAACUAUGAGACAUCACCACAGGAUUCUCAUGUAAUAUCAUCUCUACUCUACUGUGUAUAUAUACCUGUCCUGUAUUAUUGUACCUCAGUCACUUGGUGGACCUGUGUUUAGUCGUAACUACUGUAGUUAGUUCCUUCUUAUGUUAAACACAUUCCUUACUGGUGAAAUACAUUUGGAAGAAGGCAAGAUUGAACCAAUAUAAGUCAAGAUUGAAUUGUAAAUAGCCAGUGUCUAACAUGUUCACAUGGAAGAGAACAUGGGUAGAUUGAAGUCACUGGCAGACCUGUAUAUUACACCUCCAUUUGGGGCGUUACCAUGGACCUGAUAUAUACUGUACUGGCACACCCUAGAGGUUUGAAGUAUUGUUGCAACACUUCACCAUAGAAGCUCACUCACUAUGCUAAGCUUCUGAUUCCCUAUGACAUCAUUAUUCAACUCAUUGUUUAAAAAUAAGAAGUGUCGUUUGAUUAAAACUUGAUUU